GGCCUGGCGAGGUUGGGGCGGGGCAAGUCCCUAGGUGAGCUGGGCUCUGCAGCCUUGCCAGCAGUAGGCAGCCAGACUUGGGUUAGUAUCAUGACUGAGUACAGGGUGCGGGUGUCCACUGCGGAGGCCUUCGGGGCUGGCACAUGGGACAAAAUAUCUGUCAGCAUCGUGGGGACCCAAGGAGAGACCUCCCUACUGCCCCUGGACCAUCUGGGCAAAGAGUUCUCCGCGGGCGCGGAGGAGGACUUCGAAGUGACGCCCUCCCAGGACGUGGGCCAGGCACUGCUGCUGCGCGUGCACAAGGCGCCCCCGGCGCUGCCCGGCCUGCUCGGGCACUUGGGCCCGGACGCCUGGCUCUGCCGCUGGUUCCAGCUCACGCCGCCGCGGGGCGACCCCCUCCGCUUCCCCUGCUACCAGUGGCUGGAGGGCGCGGGAACCCUGGUGCUGCGGGAGGGGACAGCGAAGGUCUCCUGGGCGGACCACCACCCCAGACUCCUGCAGCAGCGCCGGGAUGAGCUACAGGCCAGACAGCAGAUGUACAGCUGGAAGACUUACAACUCAGGCUGGCCUCGCUGCCUGGAUGAGGAGACUACAAAAGACUUAGACCUCAACAUUAAAUACUCUGUAGCCAAGAACACCAACUUCUACCUGCGAGCCGGCUCUGCAUUUACAGAAAUGAAAAUCAAGGGGCUGCUGGACCGCAAGGGGCUCUGGAAGAGUCUGGAGGAGAUGAGAGGGAUAUUCCACUUCCAGAAGACCCCGGCCACUGAAUACGUGUUUGAGCACUGGCAGGAGGACUCAUUCUUCGCCUCCCAGUUCCUGAAUGGCCUCAACCCUGUCUUGAUCCGCCGCUGUCGUGAGCUCCCAAAGAACUUCCCUGUUACGAAUGCCAUGGUGGCCCCAGUGUUGGGCACUGGGACCACUCUGCAGACUGAGCUGGAGAAGGGCUCCCUGUUCCUGGUAGAUCACGGCAUUCUCUCUGGCAUCCAAACCAAUAUCGUUAAUGGGAAGCCUCAGUUCUCAGCGGCCCCAAUGACUCUGCUAUACCAGCGCCCAGGGGGAGGGCCCCUGUUGCCCAUCGCCAUCCAGCUCAACCAGACCCCAGGGCCUAACAGCCCCAUCUUCCUGCCCAGCGAUGACAAGUGGGACUGGCUAUUGGCCAAGACAUGGGUGCGCAAUGCUGAGUUCUCAGUCCAUGAGGCCCUUGUACACCUGUUGCAUGCACACCUGCUGCCUGAGGUUUUCGCCAUGGCUACGCUGCGCCAGCUGCCCCACUGCCACCCACUGUUCAAGCUGCUGGUCCCGCACACGCGGUACACCCUGCAUAUCAAUACUCUGGCCCGCCAGCUGCUCAUCGCCCCUGAGCAGGUGGUAGACAGGUCCACAGGCAUUGGCAUCAAAGGCUUCUCUGAGUUGAUACAGAGGAACAUGGAAAAGCUCAACUAUUCGGUCCUGUGUCUGCCCGAGGAUAUCCAGGCCCGAGGAGUCGAAGCUAUCCUGGGCUACUACUACAGGGAUGAUGGGAUGAAGAUCUGGGGUGCUGUGGAGUGCUUUGUCUCUGAAAUAGUUGGCUUCUACUACCCAAAUGAUGUGUCUGUGCGUGAUGACAGUGAGCUCCAGGCCUGGGUGUGGGAGAUCUUCUCUGAAGGCUUCCUAGGCCGGGACAGCUCAGGUGUGCCCUCCUCACUGGUGACCCAGGAAGCCCUGGUGCAGUAUGUCACCAUGGUGAUAUUCAACUGCUCUGCCCAGCAUGCUGCUGUCAGUUCAGGCCAGUUUGACUUCUCUGCCUGGAUGCCCAACCUGCCAUCCACCAUGCAGCUGCCACCGCCCACCACCAAGGGCCAGGCAAGGCUGGAAGGAUUCAUAGCCACUCUCCCCCCAGUCAAUGCCACAUGUGAUAUCAUCAUUGUCCUCUGGCUGCUGAGCAAGGAGCCUGGAGACCGACGGCCCCUGGGCACCUACCCCGAUGAGCACUUCACAGAGGAGGCCCCGCAGCAGAGCAUUGCUGCCUUCCAGAGCCGCCUGACCCAGAUCUCGAGAGACAUCCAAGAACGGAACCGGGGCCUGGCCCUGCCCUACACUUACCUGGACCCUUCCCUCAUCGAGAACAGCGUCUCCAUCUAAAUCCCCUGGAGAAUAGUGCCCCAUAUGAUAUCCCUUUGACCCCAUCACUCUAGUCUAACUGCCACCCAGAGAAAAGAAUCCCCCAGAAAACCAGGCCCCCAUAGGUCUCUUCUGGAACAACCAGGCCCCAUAACAAGCCCUACAGAUGAAAUAACAGGAACAAAUCACCCCAGGGAACAGAGACUCACGGCACAGCACCACCACGCCUUUUGAAGACUUCAGGCCUCAAAAUGCCAGCACACCCACAGCCCCUAUGAAGGACUGACUGUCUCUCUUUCGCUUUGCAUUUUUUGCAUUGUUUUACCUUACAUAAUCCGGCCCCUGAUGCACUGACCACAACUGAUUGGACCUAAUAGUCACCUGACAAAAAGGGAGCCCUAUUACAGACAGACUGCUGAAGAGGUGGAUCAUGACCUUUGGUUUAAAAUAACCCACUGAAUCUGUGGCAUCUUGCUGCACUGACGGACAGUGACUGCACUGGGGUAUGGAUGGGGACUUGAUAAUAUGGGUAAAUGUAGUAACCACAUUGUUUUUUCAUGUGAAACCUUCAUAAGUGCAUAUCAAUCAUACCUUAAUAAAAAUUUUAAUUAAUUAA